UUUAACAGCCAUACUGGCGUUGUUAUUACAUUACAAUUUAAUAAAAAAAAACCGUGAUUGCCAUCCCGCGAAAUUGGACGAGGGACAGUUUUGGAGUUUUACAGCCAUUCCUCGCUACAUCGCGGUUCGAACGUUGUUCCCUCAAUUGCAGUUUUUCAAACGUUAAUUAAAUAAUUGCCAUUUUGUGGUUAACUACAGCCCAUUAGUAGUUAAUUAUAUUUCAUAAAAGUUCAUGUUUUGUCCAAAUGAAGCAUCUUCAAGCAUAAAAAUGUCUAAUUGAACUAAAAAUAAAAAUCCAAACCUGUGGCUGUAGUACUCUACAUUGGUCACUAGGUGUCAGUAAUUGUUCAACUCUGAACCCAAUUGUCACUUCCUGCUCCCUUACAAUGUAACCUGUCGUAAAUGUCUUAUUUUCUCAAAUUAUAUCUACUAAAUUGGGUAAUAAAAAAUAAUGUGACUAUAGGGGUGUCAUUUCACUAUUUAAGAUAGUAAACAGGGUUUUGUAUGCCAAAACUAGCAAAAUAUUACAUUCAUGAAGAUGGAAUUAACCUGGAUAAACAAGGGAUUAAUUGUUGUGUAAGUGUAAUAUUUGAUACAGCUUUGCACUGUAAUGUCUUAUGUGACCAUAAAUAACCAAAAAAAAACACACAUUUUUUGUGUCAGCAAAUACCUCACAGCAAGUUUUAUUUAUACAUCCAAAAACAAAAGAUCCAAUUUCUCACACUAUAUACAGAUAUUACAUAGUGUUUGUACACAUAUUACAUAACUUGUACACAAGAAAAAUAGACAUAAAAAUGUAAACCUUUGUAUACAAAAAAUACCUUAGACAAACAAACACAGACCGAUAACAAAAGGUGACUCAAUUUCGCUCAUCCGUAGCUUUUCAAAACCAUACAACGGUACAUUCAAAUGAAUAUGGAAUUUGUCAGCCAUCUCUUGAAAUACACGCAGUUACUUUUUGUCAGGAGAAUCGGGGCGCAGCGACGACUAAUGCUAUACGCGGAUACAGCAGUAUUUACCUCACUUAACGCAAACGUUUGUGUCUUUUAGUUCACAUAAUAAGACUGCAGUCAACUGGGAAGCCGGGCGUCUCCGGAACCGGAUCUGGAAAAUAAUAUGUGUCCCUCACUGGAAAGAGUAUGGACACCCCUGCAAUAUGGAAUGUUCUCAUUCAAGCUCACCUGAUGCUGGCCUGUGAGGACAUGGCGAGAUUCAUCGGCGGCAUUCCCAGGUUCCCCUGAGGCAGCGCGGGAGGAAUGGGUUUCUGAGGCCUCCUUGGCCCUCUCCUCUUCUUGUGUUUUUUGGUACGAGCAGAGCCUCAGUAGCCGUGUCCUACGGGAGGAGCCCCCAUCUUCCUCCAGCCUGCGUGAGGAGACAAAUCAUUUGCCACCGUGAAGAGCGACGCCAGGACACAUGUAUGCGGAGAGGUCCAGGUAGUGUCGGUGAAAAAUCCACUUGAAGCACAGCUAAUUCAUCUCGGAGAGAGUGUGUGUAAUCUACCCCGCUGCCACAUUCAUACCGGCUGUGCACUGAUGAUGGACCACGUGUCAGGCCCUGGGAUGCAGUUUGGACACCUCUGGCCCAUGCAUGUUUUGCAUUGAGUGCAGCUGCUAAAUAGGUACCAGCACUUUGAUAAAGAAGAAACGAUACAGCAACGUAUGGAAAGAGAGAGCUUAACUGCCGCUGAGAGGUAAAAACAGUCGACCUUGAUAAAUUAUAAAGCUGUCCACUGGGAUAUCUUUGCGGGUAAUGCAGCCAGCCUCAGCUCCUAUAAGGACUGGAACCUUAGGUGGGUUCUCUCUGAUAGCGUCCAGUCCUGGUGUGCACCCAAGAUCAAGUGCUUGACUGGCAGCACUGCAGAGACAGCAAAAAAAAAAGUACAUGUAUUGUAGAUUAAACAGUCACUUUUCCCACUCGAAGCUUUUCCGUUAUAUACUAUUCUACCUGUGAAGCACAUUGAGAACCUUCCAAUUGUCCUCCACUUCACUGCUGAUGUAAGCACUCCGUGUUAGAGUUGACACAGCUGCCAUUAUCGCAGCUUCAUCCUCCCUGUUCAGGACAGGAUGCUUUUCUUUAGCCGGCACCGUAGAUACCGACACACCGACUUAAGACCGCGUCUUCCACGAGGGUGAUAACAUUUACUGACAAACAGCAAAUUGGAGGAGUCACUUCCUGAGAGGAAGAUAAGAGACAUUUCUCACAUGUACAUUCAUGUGCAAAAAAUUAGGACACCUCCAACUCCGUAUGCACUGCGCACAAAGGGGUGAACAUUUGUCAAAGCAUGCAUCCAUACUGUGUUACCAGUUCUAGUAUUUUUCUAACAAAUACACCACAUGGUGGAGCUGUUAUUAAAUCAAAAUGACCUUACCAGUCAGACUGACUUGAAAUUUGAAGAAUAACCACUCAACUUUGUAUACACUCUUUAGGGGUCUGUCCAAUCAAACGUUGAGGUUACAUGGAUAGUAUUGUGAAGGUCCCGCAGUGCAAUAAGUAUGGAUUUUAAAGUGGAUUUCACCUGCCUAUGCAUCUAUUUUACUAAUACUGAAGUAGAUAACACUUAUAAAAGCAAUUUCUUUUCUUUAGCUUUUCUACAUAGUUUUAGUUUAGUAGUAGUCAAUCAUCAACACAAUUUAAAGGGCUUUCAAAUUACAGUGUUCCCUCAUUUGGGAUAAUGAGGUGGGGAUAGUGGGGAUAGCCCACUCAUUCAUUCAUUCAUUCAUUCAUUUUCUACCGCUUUUCCUCACGAGGGUCACAGGGGGUGCUGGAGCCUAUCCCAGCUGUCUUUGGGCGAGAGGCGUGGUACCUCCUGGACUGGUCGCCAGCCAAUCACAGGGCACAUAUAGGCAAACAACCAUUCACACUCACAUUCAUACCAAUGGACAAUUUGGAGUCGUCGAUUAACCUAGCAUGUUUUUGGAAUGUGGGAGGAAACCGGAGUACCCGGAGAAAACCCACGCAUGCACGGGGAGAACAUGCAAACUCCACACAGAGAGAUGGCCGAGGGUGGAAUUGAACCCUGGUCUCCUAGCUGUGAGGUCUGCGCGCUAACCACUCGACCACCGUGCCGCCCAUAUACAAAACAGCUCAGCAGUAUUAUAUAGCACAUAUGUAGCUCUACCUUAGUCUUUUAUAAAGACUAGAAGCAUCACCGCAACGGUUAAAGAUGUAGUUUGAAUGCAAGUCACAUCGGAAAAGUUGUCAGAAAAAGUACGAGUAAGUGCUCUCCGCGUACGACUUGCAUCAGUUGGUCUUACCUCUCCAGUGCACAGCCACAGUCAUUAUGCUGACGGUUCAGCAUGUUUUUUUCGAGUCCCCGCAUCCAUCAGGCCUCCUGCGACAGAACCAAUAAUGUGACCUUCAACUGUAGAAUCAAAACCACAGGUAACAAAUGAUCUCACGCUGUUUCACUAUGAAUUUGCAUACUGCACCAGCUACUUGACUCAGCAUAUCUUCCCAGGUUGAGAUGCCCAGGCUCAUUUUUCACCAAAGGCUGUCUGUUGCUGAAGAGCAUCAUAAGCAAAGCUACAGAGAAAGAAAUAAGAAUCUGCAGUUAGAUCAUUUUUAACCAAAUUAACUAAAUUAUUAAUUAAUUAAAUUAUUUUUACCAAAAUAACUCAUUGAUGAUAUAACAUCUGGAGACACGGAGAAAGAUGAAGUGAGCAGAAACUGACCACACGCACUAACCCACAAUUGUACCGAGUUGUGGACUCCUAUAGAGCAGCAGCACACAAUUACCUGCACAGAAAGUUUUCUAGAUCUUCCAGAAUCUACACCUAUUCCACUUGUAUUUCUUUGCAUUUAUUCCACCCGCGGCCCACCUCCAGGCAUGGCCACUCUGCUGUGGUUGGUCACACUCCCGAGUGCUUAGAAGGACUUCUGUUUUGUGCCGCUAGCUGUGAAACCAACUUCAUAGCAGUUCAUAAACGAUGCAGAAUCCGAUGCGGAAGUAGAGACUGGACAGUCUGAGGGUUCUCAAGAGAAGAGGUUACUUGAAGACGUCUCUCAAUGUGUGGAGACCACUGCUUUAAGAAAAUGGUGAAUAGUCCUGCAUACCUCCUGACUUGGACUCUCACAAUUGGCUCUUCUCCAAAAGGAUCCAGGAGCCACGACGACCCGUCUUGUGGAUCAUUCAGUUCCUGUGUUGAAAUCACCGAUGUGUCCUUCAUUUAACCAUCCUGUGCACCCACUUCCUGUUUCCGGGUUGCACAAAGUGAGUGCAUGUGCCCUGCUCGGCAUGGACGGAGGACUUCUUUGUGCACAUCGAGGAGGAGUCUGCUUGACUUCUAGGAGCUGCUUGGUUGGCCACCGCCUUCCCCGCUCUCACCCCUCCCUUCUCCUCCUCCUCCUCCUCCUCCUCCCAUCAUCUGCAGCGGCAGCAGCAGCAGCAGCAGCAGCAAGCACCCCAGUGCCUCCCGGACCUAUGAAGAAAGCCCUCCCUCCCCAUCAGUCUGCUCGGCACCUCCCUGCCACGAUGGGCUGCCAGCUCCACGCUAUGUUGUUGUGUUGAUAUCGAGAUAUUUCAGUCAUCAAAUAUGAAUCAUGCGUUUGAUAUUUCUGGCCACUUUGCUCGUCAGCAUCCUCACGCUUUGGCUUCACGCAUCGCUAGCGUCAUCCGUUUCUCACAGAGCAGAGGACAAGGUUGAGAAGGACGCAGUGCCGGUGAAGCAACAGGCAACUGCAGCACCUGCUACUGAAAACACAACAGCAGCAGAGUAUGUGAUCGCUUACCCAUCGCGUCUCAUCUACUACCUAAACGAGGGUUCGGAGAGCACCCAUCGUGACCUGGACACGAGGGCCAGGGGCCAGGCCGCGGGAGGCCAGGCAAUCCACCUUGCUCAGGUUAGCUUCCAGCUAGAAGCCUUUGGCACCCCGUUUGUUCUGGAUCUGACACUGAACAAUGACCUGCUGUCUUCAGAUUAUGUUGAGAUCCACUACAAGGGGGGGGAACCUGUCCUCUCAAAGGGCGGUGAGCACUGUUACUACCACGGCCAGGUGAGAGGCAAAGAUGGCUCCCGUGUGGCCUUAUCUACCUGCAACGGGCUGCAUGGGAUGUUUGACGAUGGAGCCUACGUGUACGUAAUUGAGCCACUACAACAGACGUAUUCAAUCGACACGGUCGGAAGGCCUCAUCGGCUCAGAAGAAGUGCAUCGCUAGGAUGGAAAAAUGACUCACAAGAACCGGCGGAGGAGGAGGAGGAGGAGAAGGAGGAGGAGGAGCGGCUCUUCUCGGAGCUGGAUGACUUGUCCUGGCUGAAGCGCAGGAAAAAGCGAGCCGUGUCUGUAUUUGAAGAAAUGAAAUAUUUGGAGAUUAUGAUUGUUAGCGACCACCGUAUGUAUAACCGACACAAAAGCAAGCGGGCCACCAGGAAUUUUGCCAAGUCGGCGGUGAAUCUGGUGGACGCCGUCUUCAAAGAAGAGCUGCGAACGCGCGUUGUGCUCGUCGCUUUGGAGAUCUGGACAGACAAAGAUCGUAUCCCCAUCAGCGAGAGGCCGCUGGAAAUGCUACGCGAUUUCUCCAAGUACCGCCAACAGAGCAUCAAACACCACGCAGACGCUGUGCACCUCUUCUCAGGCGUGACCUUUCACUACCGCAGAAGCAGCGCGGCUUACUUUGGAGGCAUGUGUUCCGUGAGCCGUGGGGUUGGAGUCAAUGAGUAUGGCGGCACCUCGUCCAUGGCGGGCUCGUUAUCCCAGAGCCUGGCUCAGAAUAUGGCCAUCCAGUGGGACCCUGCAUCCGAGAGAAAGGAAUGCGGUUGCCCUGGCUCCUACCCUGGCUGCAUAAUGGAGGACACGGGUAUCCAACACCCACGCAAAUUCUCCAAAUGCAGCAUCUCGGACUAUAAGGACUUCCUCCUGAAAGGCGGCGGCUCAUGUCUGUUUAACAGGCCCACAAAGCUCUUCGAGGCCACCGAGUGUGGGAAUGGAUUUGUGGAAGUAGGAGAGGAGUGUGACUGCGGCGCAAGAGCUGAAUGCUACAAGGGAUGCUGCAAAAAGUGUUCACUGGCCAACGGUGCACACUGCAGCGACGGCCCCUGCUGCAAUAACACGUGCCUGUUCCUGCCACGAGGUUACAGUUGCCGCUAUGCUGUGAAUGACUGCGAUAUCUCCGAGACCUGCUCUGGGGACUCUGGACAGUGUCCUCCCAAUCUGCAUAAACAAGACGGUUAUCUCUGUCAGGUAAACCAGGGCCGCUGCUACAGUGGAGAGUGCAAGACCAGAGAGAACCAGUGCAGAUACAUCUGGGGGCCGAAGGCCGGAGGCUCAGAGAAGUUCUGCUAUGAGAAGCUAAACACGGAGGGCACGGAGAAGGGCAACUGUGGAAGGGACGGCGACAAAUGGAUGCAGUGCAGCAAACAUGAUGUUUUCUGUGGUUUUCUCCUGUGUACCAACAUCGGCCGCAACCCACGUAUUGGAACAAUGAAAGGCGAUAUCACCCCCACCUCUUUUAACCACCAAGGCAGGCUGAUUGACUGCAGUGGUGGACACGUUCUUUUGGAUGAUGAGACCGAUUUAGGCUACGUGGAUGACGGGACUCCUUGUGGGCCGUCCAUGAUGUGCCUUGACCGCAAGUGUCUGUCCAUCCAGUCCCUCAACAUUAGCACCUGCCCCAUUGGACCGAAUGGGCAAGUGUGCUCCGCCCACGGGGUGUGCAACAACGAAGCCACAUGCACCUGUGACACCACGUGGGCAGGGACCGACUGUAGUAUGCCCGACCCCCCGAAAGCGCCUGACACUACACCGACUCAAGGACCCAAGGGUCCUAGUGCCACCAAUCUAAUAAUAGGCUCCAUCGCCGGAGCCAUCCUUGUGGCUGCCAUAGUGCUGGGGGGGACUGGAUGGGGUUUUAAAAAUGUGAAGAAACGGCGGUACGACCCCAACGCCACAGCCAUUUAAACCUGACGGGGGGGAGGGAAGGGAGCGAAGCCAAUCACAGAUGGACUCCUUCAAGGCUUCCUUAGUUCCCUGACAGCUGGACUGCACUUACUGCUGCUGACCUUUGGCAUUAGAUUUACUUGAAUAAUAAUGACAAAAAAAAUAUAUAUAGUGGACAUUUUAACAAAUUCCAUUGUAGUGACAUUAGACGCGCAGCCUUUUAGCCUUUUCACAUCACGCAUAACACCCCCACCCUGAUCUAUACAAUGACAGCUCCUCUAUAGCGUCCUCCCUGUUUUGUAAGGGAGUGGAGUUGGAAUCCAUGCCACUCCCACACCCGGCAUGAUUGCCCACGCUCAUUGCUGGCAUGAAGAGCUCCUCCAAGGGGGGCUCUGCAUGGCUACGUAAUCUAUGAAUAUACAGCAACAAGACCCAUCCAAAGAGAACGGAAAGCAUCUCUUAUGGUGGCGGUGGAGCUAAAACAACUGCAUGUUGCAGGCCCAUAAACAGUCUUGUAAAUACGUUGAGGAUUUCAGGUUUGAAAUGAUUACCCUCAUUUUUUUUUUUUUUUUUUUUUUUUACAUUAGCAUGUUUUCUAGCAGGCUAUUGGAACACCGUAAAUAUGAUUUUGGGGACACAAGUUUCAGAGAAGCGUGUCAGCUCAAACGAGAUCGAAGUACUCUCCAGCGUGACUCAAAAAGCCAAAGAACCAAUCACCAUGAACAUAUGGAUGUUGCACACAGAGCACUUUGCCCUCUGUCUGCCUCUCGUCGCCAUGUGAGGCCAUCAGGUCCCGGCACGCGGCACGCGGCACGCGGCCAACCAGGGCUCACCCAUCGACACCCACAACAUCUGAAACUGAAAUCCAGUUUAACGGAAACGCUGCAUGCAAUCACUACUGUAUAGUGGGCUUAUUAUAAUUCUAUAUGGGAGUCCCCUAGACGGCGUAAGAAAAUAUGCUACAAAAGUUAGGUGCAUGUCCACAAAGUAAAACAUUUAACUUUUAUUUACUAUGCAAAGAGAGAUAUUGCACAAACGUAUGGGUAAUCAUGUCAUCAAGACGGACGUGGAACGAGCAAAACAUUCUGACGAGUGUCGUUUCCAUUUCAUCCUGUUCCAUUUUGCUUCAAACGAUAAUAACAAAGAAGUAGAGAAAACAGCAUAGACCAGCAUGACCAGCAAAGGCCAGCAUAUAAUGUGUUUUCAUACUGGUAUGCUGGUCUGGAGACCAGUGUAGCAUAAGGAAGCUUAACCCUUAGAUGCACGAGUGACCGGACCCUACACUCUAUACUCUAUACCAGAGGUAGGGAACCUAUGGCUCGGGAGCCAGGUAGGGCUCUUUUGAUGACUGUAUCUGGCUCUCAAGCAUUUACCACAAUAAAAAUGUAUGUUUGCUAACAUUUUAAAGUAAACAUCACAGAAAUCACUGUUAAAAAUAUUAAAAAUCAACAACUUUCUUAUGCAUUUUAAUCCGUCCAUCUAUUUUCUACUGCAAUACGGCCGACCAUAUCUAUCUUUCCUGAUGAUAUUUUCCAGGUCAAACACCAAAACUCGAUUAUUACUGGGUAAUGCGGUAGUCUACCUCGGUCAUUGAGAUGUCAACAUGUAAAUGUAAACUUUCCUCCUUUAGUCAAAUAGUCACCUAGCUAAAGCUGCAGAACCAAGCCUUCUGGCUAAGAUGGCCAAAAGAAUGAAAUAUACUGAGUACGGUGCAAAACCAUGCAGCAGCAGAAGUUGCAUUAAUGGCAGCAAGUAUUUGAUUUAUUAUUGGACACGGCGCUGCUCACGAAAGUGUGCUGGCCACACCCCAUUGGCGUGGGGUAGUGUGCCUGGUCUACGUAAUUAGAGCCCAUUAUAUCUAAAACUGUUGGUCUUACAUAAAAAUGCACACAUUUUAUUGCAUUCAAUGUUUUAAAAAAAUGUAUAUGGCUCUCACAGAUACACAUUUUAAAAUAUCUGGCCUUCAUGGCUCUCUUAGCCAAAAAGGUUCCCGACUCCUGCUCUAUACUAUAAUCAAUGCAUUUUUAUGCCAAUUUUGCCAUUUUGGUUAGGAAUAAUCACUUGUAUAUAAUAUUUAGUAUUAUAUUUAGGACCACACAAGAAUGAUUUCAUGUUAGAAACAUCUUCAUUUUUCACUUUUUCCCAUCUUUGAAAAAGAAAAUGACCCCAUACAAAAUGUAGAAAAUGUGCAUAAAGGUAAGUUAAAAAUGUGAACAGCAUGAUUUCAAAAAUGUUUUUUGAGGGAUACCUGGAAUAUGAAAUGAUAACAAUUUUUCAUUACAAAGAUAUUUCAAGAAAAAAACCAGACAGGGUCAUUUUUUACCCACUUAUGGAAGGUUGGGGUAGUAACACAAAAACAAGAAUUUCUUAAAAUCUAGUUAAAAAUGUGAAUGGCAUGAUAUCAAAAACAUGUUUUUUGAGGAAUACCUGGAAUAUGAAAUGAUAAAAAAUUUUCAUUACAAAGUUUUCAAGAAAACAACCUGACCAGGUCAUUUUUGACCGACUUAUGGAAGGUUGGGGUAGUAACACAAAAACAAAAAAUUCUUAAAACGUAUAAAAUAUAAGUUAAAAAUGUGAAUGGCAUGAUAUCAAAAACAUGUUUUUUGAGGAAUACCUGGAAUAUGAAAUGAUAACAAUUUUUCAUUACAAAGAUAUUUCAAGAAAACAACCUGACCAGGUCAUUUUUGACCCACUUAUGGAAAGUUGGGGUAGUAACACAAAAACAAAAAAUUCUUAAAACGUAUAAAAUAUAAGUUAAAAAUGUGAACAGCAUGAUAUCAAAAACAUGUUUUUUGAGGAAUACCUGGAAUAUGAAAUGAUAAACAUUUUUCAUUACGAAGAUAUUUCAAGAAAACAACCUGACCGGAUCAUUUUUGACCCACUUAUGGAAGGUUGGGUAGUAACACAAAAACAAAAAUUUCUUAAAAUCUAUAAAAGAUAAGUUAAAAAUGUGAACAGCAUGAUAUCAAAAACAUGUUUUUUGAGGAAUACCGGAAUAUGAAAUGAUAAAAAAAUUUUAUUCUGAAGAUAUUUCAAGAAAACAACCUGACCGGGUCAUUUUUGACCCACUUAUGGAAGGUUGGGGUAGUAACACAAAAACAAAAAAUUCUUAAAAUGUAUAAAAUAUAAGUUAAAAAUGUGAACAGCAUGAUAUCAAAAACAUGUUUUUUGAGGAAUACCUUGAAUAUGAAAUUAUGAAAAUUUGUCAUUACAAAGAUAUUUCAAGAAAACAACCUGACCGGAUUAUUUUUGACCCACUUAUGGAAGGUUGGGUAGUAACACAAAAACAAAAAUUUCUUAAAAGAGGGAUCUCUCGUCUUCAGCGUGGGUCUCGUUCCCUUAAACGAUUAUCCAGUCUAAUGGCAAGGUCGAUAAGGCUGUCAAAGGAAGUGGUAUCAUCGUAAACUGACACGGAUGCUAAGACCUGGUCUGGCCAGCAUACCAGCACAAAAACACAACAUAUGCUGGUAGCUGGUCGAUGCUGUUUUUUUCCCAGCAGGAGAUUCAUACUUCCGUGACAAAUAAGCAAGACAGAGCACUUGUUGACAUUUCUUUGUGUGCGUGUCGUCACAUAUGAUGUUUUUUUUCCAUCACACGUUCACACUAAACGGUGCCUGUACAUACCGAGGCCUGACACGUGUCUUUGGUGCAGGGUCGUUCUUGUUUUUUCCUCUCCCUGUAAGCCUCCCAUUGUUUCCUGUCCUCUGCUGUCCUCUCACUGCAUCAUGUACACUUGAAAUGGUGAAUAAACAACUGACAAGUU